GGGAGCGGGGCGGGGAGAUGGAUAAACUGACCAUCAUCUCAGGAUGUCUCUUUCUGGCCGCCGAUAUCUUCGCCAUCGCCAGCAUCGCCAACCCGGACUGGAUCAACACCGGGGAGUCCGCCGGAGCACUCACUGUGGGCCUUGUGCGACAGUGUCAAACAAUCCAUGGACGAGACCGGACAUGCAUCCCACCUCGGCUUCCCCCAGAGUGGGUCACCACACUGUUUUUUAUCAUCAUGGGAAUCAUUUCAUUGACUGUCACAUGUGGUUUGCUGGUGGCUUCCCACUGGCGAAGAGAAGCCACAAAAUAUGCUCGAUGGAUAGCAUUCACUGGAAUGAUCCUUUUCUGUAUGGCUGCCCUAAUAUUUCCAAUAGGAUUUUACAUCAAUGAAGUCGGAGGUCAACCAUAUAAAUUACCCAACAACACAGUAGUUGGGUCAUCAUACGUACUUUUUGUCUUAUCAAUUUUCUUUACAAUAGUAGGACUUCUAUUUGCCGGCAAAGUUUGUUUACCAGGCUGAUGAAUGUCUGAAUUGCUUGACUCUUAUUAUUUUUAAUUUAAUUUUAUUUUUUUAUUUUUGGAGGGUGGGGAGGACAAAGGCAAGGCAUCUGAGUAGUCCUCACAUAGGAAGAUGCUUAGAUGAAACUGAUGCUGAAAAGAAAAAAAAAUGCUUUGAUUUGUUCUCACUAUGCACUUUGGAUUUAAAAACGAAAAAUAAGGAGAGCCUUUUCCAUAACCAAAUACAGACAAUAUUGACUAAAUCUCCUGAGCAUAUUCAGGCAGUCAGGUCUGCACUGUGAUAGCAACCUAGUGAAGGAGAAUGCUUUAUACUGAAAAGCAUGUGGCCCUUUGUGACUCUGUGGUUCCAUUUUUAACGUCUAAUGAUUCAUUUGAGG